GGUGACCGUGCCGCGGGGUGGGCCCGGGGCGGGCCGGGCUCGGCCGAGGGGAGCCGGGAGCAGCAGCACGCUGAGCCCCGCUGUCCCGGAGUGGCCAUGCAGCUCCUGUCUCUGCUUGCCUGGGUCCUGCUGCCAGGCUGCGGGGCAGUGACCGGGCCCGACAGCGUGCGGGGAUUCUUGGGGGGUUCCCUGUCGGUCACCUGCACGUACGAGCCGGGCUGGGAGGAGUCGCCGAAAUUCUGGUGCAGAACAAUAGCACGUAUUGGUAUUUUAUGUAUUGGCCGCAUGCUCGUCACCUCGGAGUCGGAGCCCGAGGUGCUGCAUGGCCGGUUCUCCAUCCGGGACAACCGCACACGCCGGGAAUUCACGGUGACUGUGGAUGCUCUGGCCGCGGAGGACGCGGGCACAUUCCUCUGUGGGGUGCGAACGGGAAUAUUGCGGUUUGAUAAGAGUGCUGCUGUGAAGGUGAUCGUGGUCCCAGCUUCUUCCACCCUCCCAUCAUCGACCUACACCACCACCACCACCUUCUCUGAUCUCAUACUCUCUGUAACAGGAUGCACACAGACAGUUUCUCAGAGGGAAAUUGUGCAAUCAACAUCAAAUCCCUCAACCCCUCAACUCUCUAACGUGGUUGAGCACAUCCUUACUCCAGCCAUCAUUGUGGUUCUUUUUUUGCUUGCAGUGGCUGCUGGUGUUCUGCUAAUACUCUCCAGCAAGAAGAAAGCCACAUCCAUGCUUCAUCCAGCCCUUUCUGGAGCAGCCAUAGAGAUGGACAGGACUCACAGAAUGUCACCUACAGGAGCAGAAGCCUUGAACUAUGCGGACAUUGACCACAACACGGGCGUGGCUGAGAGCCAGUACAGCAAUGCUGAGGCUUUCUGCCGCUUGGAAACGCCCCCGAUGGAGUACAUAGAGGUCAGACACAGUGCUCAGCGUUUGGAAGAGAAAAGAGAGGCGUUAUAUGCCAGAGUGCAGAAGCCUGUGGUGCAGAAGGAGCAGAUCUACACCAACAUGCCAUCAGCUCCACAGCCCAGUGAAGAGCUCUACAGCACAGUGUAUGGGAGAUGAGCAAGCACCUGGCCCCAUGGGCUGCUCCUGCUGCUGGAAGCUGUCUCUGCACAGGGCACAUGGGGUUUAUGUUCUGCUCAGGCAGGAGCUAGCUCGACAGCAGACCUGUUGCUCUCCAAGGCUUGGGUGUUUCUUUGAAGCAACUUCAGAGAGGAUGAGGUUGUGUGGAGGCACAGAGAGGGUUGAAGAUAAAAUCAUCCCUUUGCAAAUGCAAUUUGGAGUCCUAAUCCAUACAACAGUGGUGCUGGGAAUAAAGCUCUCCCCCUUGAAGUGGGGUAGUCCAGGCCAGAGACCCAGCAGGGUGAGCCAUCACUUUGCUCUUCUCUGUUUUGCUGAUAACUUUUUUCCUAACACCCACUAAGCACUUUCUGUGUGAAGUGUUGCUGCUUUAUCAGUGACUCUGAGAACCCGA